AUGUCGGUUAACUGGAGGUUUUUGGUUGUCGUAGCGGCGUUCAUUCAGUUCUUCGUGACGGCGGGCCCGGUGUACAAUUACAACGUCUUCUUCGUUGAUCUUAAAGAGGAGUUUCAAAAGAGCGCAGUUUUUACCGGUUGGGUGGGUUCCCUAGGUUCUGGCGUCUACUGUGCAGUCGUUCCACUCGCUGCAAUCGUGGCUACCAAACUGGGCAAUCUUCGUCUGGUGCUUCUCGGUACGAUCCUCGCAUCCGCUGGCUACCUGUCCACCUCGUUCAUUCCCUCGUUGGAGUACGGGUACCUGACCUUCGGUCUCCUAGUGGGUCUGGGUUCCAGUCUGGCAAACUGUGCGGCCGGCAGUCUGCUUUUAGACUGGUACUCGGGCCAUGAGAGUAGCUGUCGUGCAACCGGCGGGGCGCUAAUUGGAACUUCAUUUGGUGUAAUGGUAUUCGGUCCAGUACUGAAUACACUGCGAGCUGCAUACGGCUGGAGGAACUGUUUCAGAAUACUCAGUGGGAUCGUUCUACUUCUAGGCUUAGCAGGUGCCAUACCGUUCCUCAAAUCACCAGCGAAUAGACCAGCCCAAACUGGACAGGAUGAUACCCUCACAGUCUCUUCGACUCAGAACCGACAAUCUCCUGAUGAGGAACAGAGAAAUGGGGUGACUGUCGAAGAAAGAGAUAGAAGCGAAGAACCGAAUUCGACGAGUGUCGACGGUGAUCUGACCAAAGUUCGCAUUACCACCGUCGCACAGUUGACUUCUCAGAAGAGGCAAUCUCCCGGUGCGGAACAGAGAAACGGGGAGAUUGUCGAAGAAACAGAUACAAGCGAAGAACCGAAUUCGACGAGUGUCGACAGUGAUCUGACCAAAGUUCGCAUUACUACCGUCACACAUUUAACUUCACAGAAGAGGCAAUCUCCCGGUGCGGAACGGAGAAACGGUGAGAUUGUCGAAGAAACAGAUAAAAGCGAAGAACCGAAUUCGACGAGUGUCGACAGUGAUCUGACCAAAGCGAAAGUUCGCAUUACUAAAAUUUUUCUGGAUGCCGAGAUGUGGUUGUGGGUGACAGCAAUUACACUCGCUCAGUUCGGCUGGUCCUUUGUGAUUCUGAAUUUCUCUAGCUUCAUGGAAGGGAUCGGCCUGUCUACCGAGCAGAUCUCCCUGGCCCUCCUGGUCUUUGGAGCUGCCGAGGUCGGCUGUAAGAUCCUCUUCGCCAUGUUCGGAGACCGCCUGCCAUGUUUGAAGUUGUACCUCAUCGCUUGUAGCUCUCUUGGUGGCGCUGUUGUCUCGGGCUUCCUGACGCUGUGCUCAACUUUCCAACACAUGAUUGUCCUUGCAACGGCUUGGGGUAUAUUCCGUGGGGGGACCUACGGUGCCUGUAUUGCAGCCGGGGACGAACUUUUUGGCGUCUACGGCUCUCGUGCCGUCACGUCCAUCGUGUUGCUUGGAUUCGGCUUAGGAAUUCUAGGAUCUCCCAUUAUCGGUAAUCUUUACGACUUGACGGGAGACUACACCCUGAGUCUACUCGUCUUAGUCGCCAGUUUUGUCCUAGCAUCGUUAAGUAUGCUACUAAUUCCGGCUAAGCGGAAAAUCCAAGCUCGCUUGCGAUGUUGUCAUGGCAACCCUACAACUCCAACGCCUGAUCACAGCCACUCUAGUGCCGAUUUGCAUAUUUCCAUAGCAGAGACUCCUAUUAGAAAUGGCGUUGGUCAUUCAAAUCCUGCGUAUGAAAUCGAGAUCUAG